CAACAAAACUUUGUUAGCAACAUCGUUACAUUAGAACGUGUUUACAGUGUUCAAAGUACAUUUCUAAUAUGUACCCAUAAAAAGAUAUUUUUAAUUAUCGAAUUAUCGAAUUACCCCGUAUCUAACAAUUUGCCCCGGUCUCUAUAAAUACACACGCACACACGCGCACACGCACACGCACACGCAAUAGGUAUAAACAUCACCAACAUAUUUCAAUCUCAAGUACCAAAGUACAAAUCCUGUGAAUAGCUCUGAUCUAACUAAUAAUGAGCCAUUUUAUACAAAACACAGAACGCAAAUUGCAAAUGCAACUGCUAAACAAAAGCGGUUUUGUUAAUGGAAGCGUUAAUCAAUUAAUCAUUAAGAAGUCAUAUACACCUAGGAAAGUAAAAAAAAUCGAUUUUUAUUAUUACAUAUUUAUAAUGUUUAAUAUUUCGAGAAUGUUUGAUGAAAAUUUUAAAUCAAAAUUCCGAAAAAUAACGAAGUUAUAGCCCUGAUAGCACAUUGGCGCGCCGCACCGCACUGCGCGCCGCUGAGAUAUUGUGGUUGGACCACGGCCUGUCCCUUCGGUUUUGUGUCUAAUAUCCUAGUAAAGACGCAUUAUUGGAGUGCUGUGGCUAUACUCAGAAUAGCAAUAAAAGUUUUAACAAUAUAAUUUGGAAAUAGUUUCAAAAACAAUGCACAACGGUGCUAUUACAGUAGAAAUUAGUGCAUGCAUAGCUGCUUGCAUAUUCAGCGAUGGUAUAACUUUGAUAUUAUGAAUAAUGACUAUUAUGGGCAUUUCUUUUGUACCGAAUGCACAUCAAUGUGGUGCACGCGAAUAUGAUCGCUGCAUAGUGCAAGCCGAGGUACGCACGCAGGAACAGACUAAAGACGCGCGAAUAUAUCGCCGACAAUAAAAUUUAGAUGAUAUGGGUAUCGCAUCUAUUGCAGAGAACUUAUAUUAUGGGCCUGGAAUUAACGACUUUGUCGUUCCUCCUAUGCCAUUGGAAAAUAAAAACUACUCUUGGAGGGGAAGCAGUAGUGACAGUGAUGUUAAUGAUACAAUAAAUCUAAAAUCUCCUGAAUGUAUAGCUUCUAAUUUUUUAAUACAUAGUAGUACAUCUGAUUCAACACAAGUUAAUCAUAAAAUAGCUCAUAAACGUAAAAAGAGAAAAAGAUGUGAGCCAGAAAUCAUGACUUCUUCAGGAAUAUUGUCUAAAAAGACCAGAGUAAUGUUAAGAAAAGAUAAAACACAAUCGGGACAGAAAACAAAAGCAAAUAAAAUACAAAGGAAGAAAAUGUUAGAAAACAAGUUGAGCAAUGGACAAAAAUCAAUUACAAAUUCUAAUGUUACAAAUAAUUUAAAAGAAGCUUCAUAUAUGAACGAUUUCAAGCAUACAGAAAAUGACCAACAAAUUAUUAAACCAUGUUUUGUUAAAUUAAAUACUCACAUUAUUCAGAACUACAUGUUGAAUCGCGAAAAGAUUGCGAAAAGUAAGCAAGACGUACUGCAUGAUUCAAAAUUCUUGUAUACAGAUACUUUACAGACUAAUAGAAAUAUUUCCCAAGUAAAGUAUACUAUUUCGCGAUUAAUCUCAACUAACUUUGAAAACUUUAAACGUACGUCAAUCAAACAAUGUUGCGUGGCAUUAAACGAUAAUAUUAUUAAAGAUUCGUAUGUGUUGAAUAACAAAAAAAACAUGGAAGAUAAUAUUGAUAUAAGAGAUAAAUCAAAUACAUCUCAUAUAAUUUUUCAUAAUUUAUCUGAAGUCACUCCAAACUGCAAUAAAAGUAUAGAAUUUGCGCCAAAUAAUAUUAGAAAAAGUAAAAAUCUAAUAACAGAAUGUUUUGUAAAAUUGGAAAGAUUAAGAAUAAGAGAAUUUGUGAAAAAAAAUAGCAUAGUGUUUAACAAACAAGAGCAAAAAAUAGUUUCUAGCACUCCUAUUGGCUCACAAGUCAAACCUACCUGUUCAGUAAUAUUUUCUCCUAUUAAUAACAUUGAUGACGAAUCACAUUGGAAGAAAUGUUUACUAGCGACUACAAAGGAAGAUAUGUCCAACAUCGAUCGGAGAAACUGUUGUUCUUCUAUACAUGAAGCACAAACCCAAGUUUUAUUGUCACAAAAACCACAGGUGUCUAUGAAUUUUGCUGUUAACAAUGAAAUAACGACUUGCAAGGAUGAUAUUCACGUGGUUUUUACACAGAAAUUUGAAACGGAAAUUCCACAUUCUUUAAAUAUAUCUCUUGCAAAUAGUACAAGUCAAUCACGAUCAUUAUUUAGUGACAUAACGUAUAAUCACUCAACGAAACGUAUAGAUGAAGAUAAUAUAGGAAAGAAAGAUCUUUUGAAUAAAUUUAUAGAAAUGGACCUGAUAGAUUUGCCUGUCGAUUUAAAACGAGAGCAAUCGUUCAACAGUAAUACGCAAACUGAUGCAAGAAAAAUUCCAAACGAAUUAUUGAAGAAUAAAUAUCUAGAGAAUUACGAUAUGGAAAGACAUGUUGCAAAAGCGAUUUGCGAAAAGAUUAAAGAUGAAAGUAUUAACGUUGAUAGAAGUAGUUUAUUUGAUGAAAGUUGGGAUAACAUCAAAAAUGUUAACGCUCGCGUGUUGCUUACGCGAUUGCAGGAUCCAAUCAGAAUAGGAAGGAGGACGCGGUAUUCCAAAUGGCAUCUAAGUAUGUUGAAUGAGUGUUCCAAUAAUGAAGACAUGCGAUCGAAUAACGAGAUACUUCACUCUGUAACUGAUAAAGCUCUUUCUACUGUUCGAUAUAAUUUCGAAUACUCUAGGAAUGCAAUAAAUUCUUUUGAUUACUCUGAAUUGUCUAAUGAUAUGAUUCAACACAAUGCUACAAACAGACAAAUAAAUAGGUCUGUUUUUUUAAAACCCGGGAAGAGUUGGUCUAGAUCUUUGUCUAUAUUAAAUAAUGUAAAUGAUGGAGCUAAUUUGGAUAAAUUGAGUGUUGGAAAGGGAAAAAAGUGGAGGCAUAGUGUUAGAAAUAUAUUAGAUAUGCAGAAAAAAGGAAUUUUUCAAAGUUGCUUGAAAGAAGGCAGAGAUGAUACAGAUCUAUCUAGGCUUAGUGCAUCAAAUGUGUCAUCGUUCAAUGAUAACAAGUGUAAAAAUUUUAACUUUGUGAAUUACCCUAGAUUUUCUAAAAGGAUCUCGAUAAGAGUUGUUCCUAAUAAUACAAGUACUGAAUGUGACGUCAAAGACACUCCGUUUCUCGAAGCGUUUGGAAUAACUGCAGAAAAAUCUCCGAGUUUGAAAUUAUCAUAUCGGAAAGAAUCGUUGAAACAUGAUCAAAUCAGUAGUCAUUCUACAACUGCGAGAGAUGUUGUUUUACAGAGAUGUUUGCAAAAGUGUUACAUAUCUUUUGCAGAAUGUUUUCCAGAUUCGUAUUUGGAACAUUGUUAUAAAAUAGGCGAAGGUGUUUACGGAGAAGUUUUUCUUUAUGAAUGCGACGAUAAAAAAUCCGUUAUAAAAAUUAUUCCUAUUGAAAGUGACCAGUUAGUCAACGGUGAGCCACAGAAGAAAUUCAAUGAAAUAUUGUCAGAAAUUGUAAUAGCGAAGGAAUUGGAUAAUUUGAAAUUAAAUGCUACACACAAAACUGAUGGAUUUGUAGAAGUUAAAAAUAUCAGCUGUAUAAUAGGAAAAUAUCCAGAGAAGCUCAUAAAACUUUGGAAUAUUUAUGAUAAUGACAAAACAUCUGAUAAUGAUUGUCCGUCGAUGUUCACUGAAAAUCAGUUGUAUAUUGCUCUUGAACUCUGUCACGGUGGAGAUGAUCUUGAAGCUUUUAUUUUCCAAACGGCAGAGGAAGCUUGUGCUCUAUUUUUACAGACAGCACUGGCAUUAGCCGUUGCAGAAAAGGCACUUGAAUUUGAACACAGAGACUUGCAUUGGGGUAAUAUAUUAAUAUCGAGAACAAAAAAACCAUAUGUAUAUUAUAAUCUUGAUGGGAAAGAGAUCAAGUUUCCUAGCAAAGGUGUAAAGGUGUCUAUAAUAGAUUUCACGUUGUCGAGGAUGUUGUAUCAAGGAUGCUGCAUAUAUAAUGAUCUCGCACUGGAUCCAGCUUUAUUCACUGCUCACGGUGAAUAUCAGUUUGAAAUUUAUCGUCUUAUGCGUGAGAAAAUUCAGAAUAAUUGGCGAAAAUUUGAACCAUAUACGAACGUCCUCUGGUUGCAUUACGUUUUAGACAAAAUGAUUACGGCAGUAAGAUAUAAGAGAAAGAAUUUAAAAGUACAUAAGCAGGCUAUUGUUAGAUUAAAAGAGUUUAAAGAUACAAUGUUAAACUAUGAAAGUGCGUACGACUUUAUAAUCAAUUCUAAUAGUGUCGUGUAUCUAUGAUGUGAGCUCAUAUUGAAAAAAUAUUUUGACAAUAAAUCAAACUUUGCUAAUUUGUAGAUAUUCUGUUUGUUAUAGUCCAAACCAUAAUAUAGCGCAUGAUAAUCAAUAUCAAGUUACGACGCGACUAAAUAAAGUUAAAUAUUGAAAUAGCAUUUUCACAAUACAGUUACAUUUUGAAAUACCCGGAACAGCAAUGAUUUGUAUAAAAAAGUUGUGAAAUACCUGGAAAGGCAUUUUUACUCUUAAUUCAUAAAUUCGUCAAACUCGGGUUGUCAUCCGAAUUAUUGUGAAAAUGUUACCUUCGUGGAAGCAGCAAAUGCGCUUGGUAGUGGCCUUGCGCAGUUGCUAAUGUAUAUAAACCUCCAAAGAUUGAGCAAUGGAGAGUAUCAGAUAUCCAUCCUUGCGUAUACUCUAGCAAUGCGAAACUUCACGUGAGAGAAUCAUCAAGGGUCGAGAACAGCGAAUAGAGUGACUUGCGAAGGUAAGAGGAUAUAGCAUCUUCUAUCGUGUAAUACGAUCCGGCGAGCGAAACACCAUUUUGCCGAAGAAAGAGUUGUAAGAAAUUAUUAAAUAUAUCGUUAUUUACUGA